AUGUCCGAGUAUUUUAAAUUUAGUUUAAUUGUAUUGUUAAUUAAUAAAGUAGUAAGUUUUAAAGUUAUAGAAAUAGACGGAGAGGUAUUUCACGAUAAGCCGAUAUUAAGAAAUAAAGAGAUAGAUCAAGUGAAUGUUGAUAAUAAGAAAGAUGUUGAUAGUGGAGAAGAGAUAAAGGCUUUGUUGGAAGCGAGGUAUAAAUUUACUAACGAUGAAACAUCAACUAGAUAUAGAAUAACUCGGGAUGAAAGACAUUCCACGGGUAUUUCAGAGUCUCAUGACGAAAAACAGUUGGCUUUAGUUUUCCGCUCGUACGCGGCGCGUCGCAUUGUCGGGGGCAUGGAGACCAGUAUCAGUAUGUACCCGUAUAACGUCGCCAUCUCCAGGAACGGCAACCACUGGUGCGGAGGCUCCGUCAUCGAUGAACAGUGGAUAUUCACCGCGGGACAUUGCCUUGAAUCAGCACAUGACGGAGAUCAAAAGAAACUAAUAAAUUACAUCGUUAGAGCGGGCAGCUCGUUCCACAACCGCGGCGGCUACCAGGCGAGGAUAAAUAAGGCGUUUUUCCCGUCCAACUACGUGCCUGGCAAUGCUGACUUCGACUUUUCUCUCGCGCGUCUAGACCGGCCGAUGCCUAUCGGUAGGAACAUCGCAGUCCUCAAUCUGCCUUCCAGAGACUACCAGAUCAAGACCGAUGAUAUUCUUAUUGUUACCGGCUGGGGAAGUACUGAUCAAUCAGGUUACGGCAACAUCCCAGACCGGUUGCGGUUCGUUCCUGUACCAGUUAUGGCUGCUGACGAGUGCCAACACGCGUACCGAUUCUACAUAACACCGCGCAUGGUCUGCGCAGGAUACGCCACCGGCGGCAAGGAUGCUUGUAAUCACGAUUCUGGCGGUCCAGCAGUACGUGACGGUAUACUGUUAGGCAUAGUCUCCUUCGGUGGUAAGAAAUGUGGCGACCCUCAAUCCCCGGGCGUCUAUAGUCGCGUCUCCGAAAUAACAUCGUGGGUGGAAUCCACAAUCACGGCGAACGAAGCCAGCAACGUGCCCGAACUAGUGCCUAAGAUAUUGAAAGCAAGACAACGAGAGAAAGAAUUGCAGAAGUUCAAAGCUCAAGUUGAAGACAAAAAGAAUAAAAUCAAGAACUGGUUACGAGAGACCCUCAGCUCUCCUACUUUCCUGGAGUUAGCUAAGAGAAAACUAAAAGAAGCUGGCUUCAAUCUGAGAAGAAGGUAUAGAAGAAAUUACAACGAUGACGUCACUGAUGAUAGUGUUUUGGAUGACAGUUUAAUGGACGAUAUUAAUCUGACCAAUCAGAUUAACGAGAGAAUACUAGGAGAUGGUGAGGAUAAUGAGGCAGAGGCAUUACUUAGAAUGAUGGCUCUCCAAGAAAUCAUGGAUGAAAACAAAGACGAAGAUGUCGGGUACAGAAAUUCAAGUAGGAAAACUAGUAUGAAGGAUCUUAUAGCAUUUAUCACUUGA